AUGCCGUACAAAGCCCACUCAAUCAAUCUCCCCGCAGACGUCUUCUCGCUCGCUCUCCACCCGAGCAAGCCCUUACUGGCUACCGGUCUCUCCUCCGGCCAUGUCUACACAUACAAAUGGCCCGAGGACGAAGAAGACGCCGACGACUCGGACGCCGACUCUGGAGAUGACGAAGACUCUGUCGCCCACGAGUCCAAAGCCGCAGAUGGCGGAUUCGAACUCGCCUGGAAGACCCGCAGACACAAAGGAAGCUGCAGACAAGUAGCCUUCAGCGGCGACGGCGACACGCUCUACUCAAUCGGCACCGACUCCCUCCUCAAAGCCGCCUCCUCCGAGACCGGCCGCGUAGUAGGAAAAUCAUUCAUCCCCACCCCCCGCAGCGGCGCACCCGACGCCCCCACCGCGCUCCUCGUCCUAUCACCGCAGCACCUCCUCGUCGGCACCGACACCGGCGCCAUCCACCUCUACGACACGCGCACCCCCGCGCUCGCGCCCCCCUCCGCAACCUGGAAAGCCGUCCACGAGGACUACGUCUCCUCGCUCACCGCUUUGCCCUCCACCGCCGCAUCCACAACCGGCUUCUCGCGCCAGUUCGUCUCCACCGGCGCAACGACACUGACGCAUCUCGACGUGCGCAAGACGGCCGCCACGCUUUUCACCUCCGAGGACCAGGAGGACGAGCUGCUGUGCUCCGCCUUCAUCUCUGGCCUGCCGCGCAAGAACGGGCGCGGCGGGGAGAAGGUCAUUACCGGGAUGGCGAGCGGCGUUGCGACGCUGUGGAACCAGGGCGAGUGGGCGGACCAUGACAAUCGCAUCAAUGUGGCGAAGGCGUCGGGCGACAGUGUCGAUGCGGUGUGUGUGCUGCCGGAGGGGUGGCAGCUGGGGAGCUCCGCCGGGUGGGGGCGCUUUGUGGCGUUUGGGGCCGGCGAUGGAAAGGUGAAGGUUGUGAAGAUGGGGAGUAAUAGUGUUGUGGCGACGUUGGCGCACUCGUGGACGGUGGAGGAGGUGCGGGAGGGGGAGGGGACGGGCGAGGAGCGGGUGGAGGAGGGCGUGUUGGCGCUGGGAGUCGACUGCGAGGGUAGGAUGGUCUCCGGGGGGGGCAACAUUGUCAAGGUGUGGCAGUGGGAGGACGCCGUGGAGGAUGAAGAGGGCUCGAAGAAGAGGGCGGGGAGCGAUAGCGACGACAGCGAUGAGGACGAAGAGGAGGACAGCAGCGACGAGGAAAGGGUGGCGAGGAAGAGGAAGAAUAAGAAGAGGAAGGGCGGCAAGGGGAAGGCCAGGAGUGUGGGCAGGCAGCCGGUCGCCAGCUCCUUCAAGGGGCUGGAUUAA